AUGACAUCACGUCGACAAGUGAUUCCUCGUCAUGUUUUUACGCCUACUCAACGUACACCACCACCAAGUCAUUAUUUACUUGUUUUUGAAGAUACUAAUUCAUAUCAAAUAGCUGCACGAUCAAGUAUUAAACAAAUAACUGGCGAUGUCGUGUCUAUAAUGAUUCGUAAUAAACUUGUAAAAGCAAAAGCAGUCUGCCACGGUUCUCUUGAAGACUGCAAUGCCGAAUAUGUUCGAUUAACUAGUGUAUCACAAAAUGAAACUGAUGAACACGAUGAUGUUGAUUCUGAAAAUGAUAAAUUGACCAUCGACGAUUGGCCUAUGAACGAUGUUAAUGUGUAUUCAAAACCUGCGUCAUCAAAUUGUUUAUCAUCAACUGUAUCAUCGUCACCAAUCUUAACAAGCAUUCAAUCACCACGACAAAUAUCUGAUCAAAAAGAAGAGAUUUCUACUGAUGAUGAAGAAACAACUUUUUUUGACUGUCGUAAACGAAUUCACAAACAGUCAUUAGGAGUAACAACCAAAAAGAAGAAGAACAUGGAUAUGACAACUUCAACAAAACAUAUUUCAAAAGAUCUACGUGAUCAAAAUGUUCAAAUUGAUAAAGCUGAAAAUAUUUGUAUGAAUAGCAAGAAUUCUAAUAUCUUGGAAGACAUUGAUAAUCGAGUUAGUGAAUUGAGUGAAAAAUUCGUAUCAACUUCAUCCAAGAUUGAUCAACAAAUGCAACGGCUUUCCACCAAAAUUGAUCGUUUUGCUUCAACUGUUAAUAUUAAUAAGCAUGCUAUUGAAUCGUAUAUUGACAAAUCAAGUGAACAUUUUCCAUCUGAAUACAUGUUUGGAGAAAUCAAUUUACUUGAUGUUAUGGCUACGGAUUAUGGAGAUUAUGCCCGAAAAAUUUUACAAAUUAUAUAUACUAGUGAUGAAUUAAAGAAUUCUAUUCUGCCACCAGGUAAACCACAUCUUGCUCGUCCACCUCUGGCCAAAGAUCGAUUCAAGAAAUUUCUCGAGGCUGUUCGAUACAAGUAUAAACUGGACUCGAUUAACUUUGGGUUAUUUUAUCAAGGACUCUUGCGACGAAAACUCACUGACUUCCUAAUCGAAGAACGUCGACGAGAACCACUCAAACAGGCUCGACAGUCACUUAAACAAAGUCAAGCACAACGAACAAGUCAAUCAAAUUUUGACGAAACAUUUGGAUGA